AAUUGAUCAUUGCUUAUGAGAGAAAUACAUAGAGUAGAUGGGUUCGUGUGUUUGCUUAAACUGAGUUCACAGAGUCUGUGUUCACAGAAUCUGUUGUUUAACAAUAGUUAUCUGAGUUAUUCAAAAUGUCACGCCGACCCUAUCUGAGUUAUUCAAAAUGUCACGCCGACCUGGGAAAGGAACGGAGAGGUUGAAGCUGGGCCAGAGGGAUCUGGGAGCUGGACAGAUAACACGGCCCAGCGCCAGGACCUUCCAAGUAGCCUUAUUUGGACAUGUGGAAAGACUCUAGGUGGUGGUUAUAAGGAGGGCCUUCACAGGCUGGGGUUUUUCAGAGCGCUUCGCAGAGGGUCCGCUGGUAGCACACAGCUGACCUUUUCCGACCUCUCAGUUCUCUCUGCAGAGGAACAAGCAGGUGAAUUCGGUCUCUGCCUCUCUUGCUAUUACUCUUUUGUAAUCAUUAUCUGAUUGUGUUAAUUCGUCAUAUAAUAAACCUGUAUGCUAUUGAUUUAAACUUCAAAGUUGUGUCCGUGUGAAAUCUCUGCCGUGAUUGAAGAACGUGAUUGAAGAACAAAGAGAAUACACGACAGAAAAUGGCGUCACGAUAAAGGCAAGAUAGCCGGAUCUGAAGCCGACAGGUGCCCGGCUGCACCCAGCCCGAGACGACUCGUCACUGGUGGCCACAGGCAACGAAGGCGCAGGACGAUCCGGAGCCUAAAGUGAAGCCAGGUGACCUGGUGUACGUCAAGGUGUUCAGGAGAAAGUGGGACCACGCCCGACGAGAAGGUCCCUAUACGGUGGUCCGAGCAACAUCAAGAGCAGUACAAGUUGAAGGCUCUCCUACCUGGUAUCAUUUAAACCACUGUGUUAAAGCACCAGAGGGGGAAACAGGGUCAGUGACCAAAAAAGAGGAGGAUGAGUGGUCCGGAGAAGAAAAAGACAGUGAUCCUGGUCCUCCUGCUGCUGGUGGGGACACUUGGGGUGGUGCAGCAAUGCCUCAGACCACCCGUGUCCUCCGAAGCAGGGGAACAGUUAAGACUUAGGAGAGAUGCGAACGGGUCAGUAGGGGCCAAGAGUAACAUAGGCAGACGUAGAGGGCCUGUAGGGAAAGAAUGGCCUAGAGUUAAUGUGUGGACCUCUAAUGACCCUGGGUGGAGUUAUGGGGUGUGGACCACCUGGAGUGCCCAGAUGUCAAUCAUAGAGUGGGACUCGACUGCAGACACAAUGACCAUUUAUGUGUCGGUGGACCAGGAGUCCCAGGAGCGGUUGUGUGGGAUAGAGUGGAUGGGCCAGCGCAUGUAUGAGUUCCCUACUUCCUGGGGAAAAGACAGGUGUUCCAUCAGAGUGAGAGAGGGAGAGAUGGAGUCAGGAAAAGUAUGGGACAUUAGAGUAGGUUUUCGCAAUAGGAAACCCGAGAGUCCUAGAGUCAUCUGGUCCAAGAAUAAAGGAGGGAGUGCACACCGUGAGGUUGCAGCCCUACAGCCCCCACCAGGAAACAUUGUGGAGGAUGAGGAUGAGGUUCAGACUCAGCGGCCGGCCGGAUCAGCAACCAAAGAGCUCGUUGUUGCUUCAGCGGGGGCUUCAAUGCCGAACAGUGGUUCAGGCCUUUCAGGAUGGAUGCAGCAAGCUGUGUCAGGAUGGACUGAUGGGCUGAUCACAAAAUUACAAGGAUUUUUGUCAGACCAAGAUGAGGAGGAAGACGAGGAACAGGGUGAGAAUACUCUAGUGGAUGUGCGCCUGCAAAAUAGCUGGUACAGAUGGGUUCAGUUUGCGGGGUUGGCUAAUGGGAAGACUGAUUGUUACAUCUGUACUAAAGCUAAGCCUGAUAGGUUUUUUGUGCUAAAUACGAUUUUCAGUUGGCAGGAUUGUGAAAAGAGAUUGCGGGCAUACACUCAAAGUCCCAGACCCUGGUGUGAAGCAGAGUGUCUACUGUAUUUAGGUUCACCCUCUUUCCAGGCAUCAGUUGAUUUUUAUGCUCACGGGAAGACCAACGUUCAGCGCUGUGAAGACUUAAAUGUCAGAAUAGGACAGAAGAGCGUGCUAUUAGGUAUGCCAAAUAAUGCCCCUUUAAUUCCAAUUGGUCGUUUUGAAUGUAUUGAGCGCAUGGGUAUGGUGCCCUUAGGUAAAAUCAAGCGCAAGAUCUGCAGCCAUAGAUGGCAGGUCACGACCCUUAACUGCACAAAGCCGCACCUGAAGCCAGCUGUUCUAGUAUCAGGAAUGCUGAGACCGAUACUCGUAGCAGGAUGCCCCUAUUUAGAUCAAACCAUCGCACUAGCUGACCAUUUCUGGUGGUGUGGAGGUCAGCACCUCUACGCAGUCCUACCUGUGGGAUGGGCUGGCAGGUGUGCUCGGGUGCAAUUGGCACAAGAGAUAAUUACAUUUAAGGGAGAAGAACAAGACAAGAAUGUCAGCAGCAGAAAUAAGCGAAGUUAUCAACCAGAUCCCAGAGUUUACAUCGAUGCCAUUGGACAACCCCGAGGGAUCCCAAACGAGUUCAAAGCUAGGAACGAGAUUGCCUCAGGAUUCGAAUCUAUUCUACCUUGGAUCACGACCUCUAAAAACACAGAGUGGGUGAACUACAUUUAUUUUUCUUUGCAGAGAUUCAUUAAUUACACAGACGAUGCGUUAGGGGCUCUGGGAGAGCAGGUGGGUGCAACAAGUGCGGUAGCGUGGCAGAAUAGGCAAGCACUAGACUGGAUCUUAGCAGAGAAGGGAGGGGUGUGUGCUCUCAUAGGUGAUGUGUGUUGUACUUAUAUUCCAGGACAUACGGCCCCGGACGGAGCCUUCACUGAAGCAAUGAAGAGACUCAGAGCGCUCAGAGUUGAGGUAAAAGAGGCGGCUGGCAGUGGGUCGGAUUUGAGCUGGACAAAUUGGCUGGAAAAUAUGGCUGGGGGCUGGAAACAGGGGCUGAUUAAAUUGGGGGUAAUGAUUACUGUAGGAGUAGUUGUCCUAGGACUCAUCUUCUGUUGUUGCAUUCCGUGUUUGAGAUCGUUAGCACUUAGAGCAGUGACCAAGCAGACGAUGCAGAUGGCAGUUAUUAAACAGAGAGUGAAGAGCAGUCAGAGUAGCAUAGGUAGUGAGGGAGGUGACCUUUUUCCAGUUCCUGACUGGAUCCAUAUCGGGCCCGAGGACGGGGAGGAUGAGGAGGCGGAUGAGGACGGUACCACCCCAUCAGCGUGAGAGCGGAGAGGAAGACUGGAGACGGCCUGAUAUGCACCACAUCUAUCUAUGCACAUAUAAUCCACACACAGUUAAAGGCACACGUCUAUUCUGUAAAAUGCCACAGAUUGUCCACAUUGUUCAUGUAUUGCAUUAAUGUUCUUGUAACCAGAAAAAUGACAAAUGUAUGCUGUGGUGUGUAGUAUUGUUUGCCACUAUAUAUCUGAAUUAAUCUGACACAAUGUAGCAGAAGUUUGUACCACAUGAUGUGUGUUUUUUGUGUUGUUUUAAGGUGGGGGACCGGAUUCACCUGAAAAGGCAGUCCUCUAAACUAAUUUGGGCGUGAGGUAAAACAGGUGGUUUAAAUUGCAUAGUUUUACUUAGCAUCAUUGCGGUCACCACACUAAGGAUAAAAUAACAGGGUAAGAGUGAGGAGGUUCUAUUAAGACUAGUUGUUCAAUGGUCAUCUAAUAGAAAGCUGAAUAGGGUAAAUUAGGUUAAUUGGCGUUAGCUUAAAUGGACAUUUAUCUGUCCAUUGAGGGGGAAGUUUGAAGUAAAAUUGAUCAUUGCUUAUGAGAGAAAUACAUAGAGUAGAUGGGUUCGUGUGUUUGCUUAAACUGAGUUCACAGAGUCUGUGUUCACAGAAUCUGUUGUUUAACAAUAGUUAUCUGAGUUAUUCAAAAUGUCACGCCGACCCUAUCUGAGUUAUUCAAAAUGUCACGCCGACCUGGGAAAGGAACGGAGAGGUUGAAGCUGGGCCAGAGGGAUCUGGGAGCUGGACAGAUAACACGGCCCAGCGCCAGGACCUUCCAAGUAGCCUUAUUUGGACAUGUGGAAAGACUCUAGGUGGUGGUUAUAAGGAGGGCCUUCACAGGCUGGGGUUUUUCAGAGCGCUUCGCAGAGGGUCCGCUGGUAGCACACAGCUGACCUUUUCCGACCUCUCAGUUCUCUCUGCAGAGGAACAAGCAGGUGAAUUCGGUCUCUGCCUCUCUUGCUAUUACUCUUUUGUAAUCAUUAUCUGAUUGUGUUAAUUCGUCAUAUAAUAAACCUGUAUGCUAUUGAUUUAAACUUCAAA